AUGGAUAUACCUCAGAUGAUGGAGAAUAUAGAAAAGUAUGCAUAUGGGGGUAACAGUACUAGAUACUUUCAAGUCACUUCAACACUAGAUCAACAAUCGCAACAUUACUCUCGUUCUCAAGGGGUACACGCUCUUGGAAACCCCUAUGUUUUUUGUCGUCUUAGAGAUUCGCCUAAUCAACAAUUCAUGAAUGCCAAUAUUGGUGGAACUCCUAUUGGGUUCCCACCCAUAAAUUUGACCCAACAAAUCAUACGAUCACAAAGCUCCCAGAAUAAUGCUUCACAAAAUUCAAUUUCAAGUCUUGAGGUUAAUUCUCCUUCAAAAGAUGGAAAACAUACGAAUGAAGGGAAGAAACGAAAGUCAACCGGGAACAAAGACACUCUGACAGGAGGGAAAAAAUGUACUAGUAACAAAAAAUGGAAACCUCCAUAUAUUGAGGCAUUAAUUUCUUGCUUGGUGGAACUUGCUAAUAAUGGUUAUAAAGUGUAUAAGACAUUUAAAGCCCCUGCUUUCAAAAAGGCCGUUGAGCAUGUGAAUUCUCUCUUUGGAGAAAAUUAUACUACAUACAAUGUCGAGAACCACUUACGAACCCUCAAAGAUAAGUGGAAACUUAUUUGUGAAGCAAAAAAACUUAGUGGAGCCGGAUGGGAUGAAGAGAGUAAGAUGAUUACACUUGAUACCACGACAUAUGCUGAGCUUAUCGAGAGACAUCCAAAAUACAAGCCUUAUUUGAAUUGUCCAAUUCCAAGAUAUGAAGAGCUUCGCAUUAUUUGUGGGGAGGAUCAUGCUACUGGAGAAUUUAGAGAGACAAGUUAUGACCCUGACAUUGAUAAAGAGAUUCUAACUAUCAAUAUCGAUGAAGAUGAUCUUGUAGAUAGUCCUGGUAUUAAUGGAGUUCGUGUAUCACAAUUCAACGGAGUGGACCCUCCGAGCAUUUCUGUCAAGCCAGGAACUGUAAGUGGUAAAUCGUCUCGUCCAGUAAAGAAGAAGAAAAGGGAGGACUCCCAUAUAAUUAUUGGUGAGAAACUUGUGGAGGAAAUGGGAAAGGUAGCCACUGACAUUGUUGGUUUGAAGGAGCAAACUUGGGUUGAGGUUCUUGCUGAUAAGGUUUUUGGUUUUCAAGAUAUUUCCAUAGAUAAUCUUGAACUGGUUUUCGAUGAAUAUUACAAGAAUGAAGAUGAAGCGAAGGCUUUUAUGGAUUGCAUUGGUCUCAUUGAUGGUACCCAUAUCGAAGUUAGUGUUCCAGAGGAAAUUGCUAUUCAAUUUAUAGGAAGAAAUGGUGGGACUACCCAAAAUGUUCUUGCAGCAUGCUUGCCUAAUAAGCAAUUUACUUAUGUUUUGGCCUGCAAGUAUUAUCUUGUUGAUGCAGGCUAUACAACAAUGCUGGGGUUUAUUGCUCCUUAUCAUGCAGUGCGAUAUCAUUUGAGAGAACAACAUAGCAGAACACCCAAAAAUUCUAAAGAACUUUUUAAUUUGAGGCAUUCAAGUCUUCGAACAAAAAUUGAGGCUGCUUUUGGGAUAUUGAAAAAUAGGUUCAAAAUCUUAUGCAGUCGUCUAUUCUUUCCUCUUGAGACUCAAAUUGAUAUAGUUCUCGCAUGUUGUGUUUUGCAUAAUUAUAUCGUACAUAAUGAUGAUGAUGACUAUUUUGCAAAUUUAGCAUAUGAGAAUGAAGCUAGUGAAGAAGCGCUCUAUAGUGAAACUCAAUCCUAUGCAACCAAUCUCACUCAACGUGAGCAACGAGAUCAGAAUAGAAUGUGGAAUGAGAAGAGAGAAAAUAUAGCUCAAGCAAUGUGGCAUAAUUAUUACCAAACUUAUCAAACUGGAAACAUGGAGGAGGGAUAA